CGUACUGGUGGCGCAAAAUAGACAAGAAUUCAAGAAGGGAGCACCAAGGCCACUUACCAGUGGAAGAUGAACAGAGAAAGAAACGAUAUCUGGCGCAUAUUAGAGGAAAAUGUCAUAAUUGCCUCUCAACACGGCACAAGGUGUCUGAAUGCCGAUACAUCACUAAAUGUUGGAAAUGUUUGAAAGCGGGGCACAAGGCCCGAGCCUGUCCAUCUUGGAGCAGCAAUUUUAUGAAGCCCACUAGCGAGCAGCAGCAGGAACCCACGACAUCAUAUCCCAAGGCUACCACCAUCGGUACUCCAUCUCCCAGAGCUACCACCAUUGGUUCGGCCGCUCGCACGGCCGGACGCUCCUACCUCCAAGCAACCAAGGGUGAGACGGCGACCAUGGAGACCUACCCCGGCGACCCGCACGCUCACCCUGAGCUGGCUGUCUGCGCGAUCUCCGCGACAGGCGCCAUCAAACGCAAGAGGGAGUCCAUCAUCGGCAAGACGGCGGUUUGUUGGCUCAGCAGCAAUAGCCACGAGUCGGAACCACACCACGUCGUCAAUGCCCUCAACGAACAGCUCCGCAUCAGCCGCCACGAAAUCAAGGUUGUCAAGCACUACCCCGAGCAAUAUCUGGUCUUCUUCACCGACAGCCGGGCCUUCCAGCGCGCUGUGAACCACCAUGGCGUCCGGAGCAGGGGUCGAACCUUCAACUUCGAGCCCUGGACAGAAUGUCGCCACGCUGUGGAGAAGCAGCUUGAGUUCCGGGUGUGGCUACGCAUCGAGGGGCUGCCGGCUCACGCCUGGUCGGAGGAAGUUGCAGGGAAGAUCAUCGGACAACACUGCGCCAUCCACUACGUCGAGAGACACUCUCGCCGCCAAGACCGCACAAGAACUUACGACCUGUGGGCAUGGUCGUCCAACCCCAGUAAGAUUCCCAAAAUCAUUCUCCUCACCAUCACUGACCCUGACAGGGAGCUUGCGUCUGGCGAUGAUGUUGAGCUUUUCCACGACCCACCCCGGGGCUACAAGGGCGCCUUUGACUACAAGCUGCACAUCCAUCUGGAUGUGGUGGAGGAUCUCUCCUUCUUUGGUGGGAGAGGUGGUGGCAACGGGCACAACAGAAAGCCAAGUCGCGAGUUCCUGUGGAACUAUGGCAUGUCGGACUACCUUGGUGAGCGGCGCUCCAACCAGCAGCACGACAAACUACGCCGGGCGCGACUACCACCCUCGCCGCGAUAGAGACGACCACGACGACAACUUGAACCACGGGGUGCGGCGUCACAGGAGCCAGUCAUCGUGGGGAAGAACGACCCGCUGCCGUGGGGUGGUGGAGGACUGCUAUAGCUCCUCCCGCUUUCAGGGUGGCAACCACGGGCACCGUAGCAGGGCGAUGGCACUUGGGGGAAGUUAGCUCACCUGGCGCAAGAAGGCUAACUUUGGCAAGAGAGUCACCUUUGCCAACCCACUGUGCCAGAUCAUGGGCCAUCCAUCCAAGGAGGAGCGCAUAAAGAACAUGCUGGUUUCGGCUCCAGGCUGGGCUCCGGUCGCUUCACCAACACACCUUGGCGGUACAGCAGAGGAGGGUCUGCAGCAUGACCGCAUCGAGACAGUGCAGCAUCUCCCACAGCCCCUGACGGGCGCAAAGAUGGAAGCAAUCAAGACAUUGGUGGAGAUAGGGAACCAGCCCAGGAACAAGAGGAAAAGCAGGGUCCUGCCAAUGCCGGGAACAGCAGCAGCGGCGCAGGAAGCCUGAUGGACGGUGAUGGGCUUCCCCCAUCAGUUAUCGUAGUUGUCUUUGUGUUUCUUCCAUGUUAGGCCAGACAGUUAAGAACUUAUUUUGGUUUGUACUACUUAUUCGGCCGGCAAAUUUGGCCUUGCGGCUUCAGCGAUGUUCUGGCCGGGUGGUGCCCGACAUCGACGCUCACGAAACACGCCGAACCAGCAGCUCAACAUUUCCGUAGAUUUAUAAUUGGCUCUAAUGCCCAGCAAGGAAGUCCUAGUCAGCAGCCUGAACUUUGCAUUCACUCUCCAAGUGCAAGUUGUCAAUGUUUUGUUUAUGUCACAGAAAAAUUGUAAUAUC